AGCGGCUGACAGGACGAGGACCCUGACCACCGCGAGAUAAGGACACGAGGCCCAGCUGCGGGGCGACGUAGUUUAGCUUCUGGCUCAUGGUGGGGUUGGCGGCGGUGUGUAGCGUUGCUGGUCACACCCUGGUCCGUGAAAGGUCCCGGCCGAGAGAAAGUGACAAUGUGGCGCCGAGCGGGGCCUACCACUACCAGACAGUGUCAGCACCGGGGCGCCAGCGGCCAGGCAAACGUGACCACACGGAGGACCAUCCUCGAGCCCCCUGGUGCAGGCCCCGCCCCCACGGCCCACCACCUGACGGACGGCCAUGGGCGUGUGGCAGGCCCUGACAACGCUACCUAGAGCCCGCCACACACUGUUUAGGUUGACACGAGUGGUGUGACCCAAAUGAAGUGUGUCACAGGCGGUGGCUUGAGAGAGGACGGUUGUGGGGGGACUGGUGUGUUCUGUGUUGGCUCCGCGACCUCCCGUGCUGCUGGGAACCUGUGUGCUCGUAUCGGUGCUCCUAAUUGCUGCUCUCGACGAGGAAAUGUUAAUAAGGGGGGAAUUAUAAACCGCUUUGGCAAUGAAGGAAAACAAUAUAAUUAUCUUCCCUCAGUGAUGCGGUUAUAAUCCUUUCGUGUGGUUCAUUUUUUUUCUUUACAGAUAUAUAUUAUGAAAAAGAAAUGGAAUGCGUGUGAUAGACUUGAAACUAUUUGAAAGUCUGAGUUAUCCAUAGACUAUGCAAUAUGCUAAUUCUCCUGCAAAGACAUUGUUAUUUGUUGUUGUUCCGGAGUUGUCAAACCUUUAGCCCAGUCCUUUACUGAUUGACAAGUUCUAUAGUCUAGCUUUCCUAUCACACUCUAUACAUAAACAUCAGUGUGCUUCAACACCAUCCCUGUGACCACCCCUCAUUCCCUCUAUACCAACUUUACAAACUCUUCACAAUGUUAACCUACGACCUCAUCACUCAUGUGUAUCCUGCGGCCCUUGCAGCCACCCGCUGUGUCCCCAGUCAUGAGGGCUCCAGCAGGCCUCAUCGACCACGGGUAACUUCGUCCAAGAGGCCUCAGCACCUCAUCGGGGGUCAGCAGCAACAGCCCAACAACCAGUGCAAGAGCAGGAAGCGAGAGCAGCAGCAGCAGCAAGAACAACAACCAUACACCUUCUUCCUACCAGAAUCCUGUGGUGUUGAUUUUGAAGAGGACUCCUGCUUCCCUGAUGACCCCUAUGAUGCUGGCAACAACAAUCAAAUUGACAUCCUUGACCUCAAUCAUCUAAAGGAAAAAGAACUUACAUCUGUCCACAUCCCCAUCACAGCUUACCCGAAGUCCCUGAUUCAGUGGCCUGUUGACGGCUCUACAAAGAACAGGAGAAUAUCUGAAGUAAAGAAACAGGUUAAGCUUCUUGGAAAUUUGAUCAAGAUGACUGUAGGAGGAGCUGCACACGCUGAGGCUGUCAACGAUGACAAGACUCCCACCAAUCCCCCGCCCUUCUCUGGGCAUGUUGAUAUGUCCAGAAUCCCUGUCCAUGACCUCGCCCACUCUGCCGAUGAAUCUACCAUGGCCAAGUGGAAAGACAUUGAAGCACAUCUUACUGUUGGAAAAUUAAAGGAGGCCAAACAGAUUCUUCGUGACACAGACUGGAGCAUGGGAAGCCCAGCCCGUGAGAACCUGUGGAGGGAACUGUGCCGCCACCACUCACGGGAGAAGGACUUUGGAGAUUAUUACUACUGGGACACAGUCAAGCAGAUCUAUGGCACAACAGAACUGUCUGAGUGUCAUGUGCAACUUCCUGCCUUCAUUGAUGCCAACCACAAGGUGUCUCACUCCUUGUCCCCGAGGGGGGUGAGCGUGUGUGAGCGAGUCAUUUCCCUCAUUUCCUUCAACCACCCAGCCAUCACCUAUGCCCCAGCCCUCUACGGCCUCACUGCCCUCCUCCUGCACUACAUGGAAGAGGUGGAUGCCUACUACUGUAUCUCUGCCUUGGUUGGUGGAUUGCAGAGCAAAUUUCUUUCCCAGACCAAGAUUGCCAAUGAGGCACACUGGAGGGCUGCCAUGAUUCUUGGCAGGAAACAUAUUAGAGGGGCAUUCACCACACUGACAAAAUUUGGGGUGCCUCAAGAACAAAUUGAGGAGACAUUCCAGAACUGGUUGUGGUGGAUCUUAACAGCAUUGCCUCUCACACACACGGUGCGAGUGAUUGAUUGCUUCCUGUUUGAGGGCUCCAAGGUUCUGCUGCGAAUUGCUUUGGCUAUUUUCCAUCUGUUUGUCAAGACCCUAACUCAUGAUUCUUCCAUGGUUGCCUCACUCCCUUCACGAGGCCUUCAAGAAACCCUUUACCAGUUUUGCCAAAAUAUUCAAAUUUCUCCCCAGAAGCUUCUGAAGACUGCCUUUGGGAUUCGUGGCUUCAGCAAAUCAGAAAUUACCAAAGUGAUUGUCCAGACCGAGAUGUGCCUGAAGAGCCAGCGCACGAUGGGGGGCACGGGAGGUGUGGGAUCCGGGCAGAUGAACCCCCCAGAGAGCCCCUCCCUGCACCGCUCUGUCUCCCUGGAGGGUCUGCCCACCUCAGAGUCCCAAAGCAACAUCCAGAUGAUGUCACACACUCUCACCAUCAAAGAGUUGCUGACACUGUGGUCUUGGCUGCCGAUGAGAAUGACUAUGUACCAACCAACUCUCAUUUACACCACUGAGGAGCAUGGGUGUUCCCUCACCACCUUCUUCCAGCGUGUAGAUAAGUAUGAGCCUUCACUCAUCUGCAUCCGUACAGUGGAGGACAAUGUGUUUGGUGCCUACUGCUCUACAGCAUGGUCUCAGAGACACUUCAAGGAUGAAUUUGGAAACCGGCAAACGUAUUUUGGAACUGGAGAAACUUUCCUGUUUUCCCUACGGCCCACUGUUGCCAAGUACCAGUGGGUGGGGAUCUCCAGGCAGCAGGAUGAUGCUACACUGUCUUCGGUAGAACAUUCUGCUGAGCUGUUUAUGCAUGCUGACACUAAUAUGAUCACCAUUGGUGGAGGGAAUGGUCAGGGAAUCAUGCUGGAUCAUGAGUUGCGAUAUGGCAAGACAGAGAGAUGCCAGACCUUUGACAAUCCUCCACUGGCACCAAACGGAGACUUUGAGGUGAAGGUUAUUGAGGUCUACAGCUUUGUGAACAUGUAAAAUACUUAUUUAUUACUUAAACACAAGAUUGUAUAUAUACUUUUUAGGCUGUUUAUGUUAUAUUUUCAGUAAUUGAAAAAUGAUCAAUAUUAUUGUUUUUCAUUUUUUUUCAAUUACUGAGUUACCAAUUAUCAUUAUAUUUUACAUAUCACUAUUGCCGUCUGAUACAAGACUUCUUCUUGGCAGUUUAUGAAUGUCAUUAGUUGCCAUUUACGUCUGUAAUUAUUCAUAGAUUGCCAUAUGGUUCACUUUGGUGAGCUGCAUUAAGUGAGCAGUUUCCUCAGUGAACCAGCUGCCUUGGAUGGGUUUUGGCCCUUUCUAAGCUGAUAUACAAUCCUAGUCAUAUAUUUAUAUAUAUCUACACAGUACCAUGGAUGAAACAGGAUCAAUUUCAAGUUUCACAUUUGGUGAGGUGACUGCACUGUGGUAGGAAGUAGAAUCUCAUAUGAGUUGAUGAAUAAUUAACUUAGAUGAAGAAGCAAUAACUGUAAGCCUAGAGAGCAGUUAUGAGUUUCACUGCCUUUAACCAACAAUCUGUAUGUUGCAUGUAUAUGAAGUAUUUUAUGUAUUCAACAGUAUGUUCAUUGUUGUGCUGCAUGAAUGUUUUCAUCAUACUCCAGAUGUUCAGUGCAAAUAGAAAGUUAAUCAAAAAGCAGUGUAUAUUGUACAAUAAGUUGCCAAGCAGUGCAAAUUUGUUAUCACAUAUAGUUCCUUUAUUUAUCAUAAGGGUUCACUAUACAAAUUUUUAUUGUCAUAUUACAUGAACCAUGAUGUGGAUUAUGUUCUUUAAUUUUAAAAUGGAAAUUAAAAUUACUGCGCAUUAGUUAUAUUCAUAUCAUAGUGUAGUGUGAAAAGUUCUUAAUAGUUUGCUUGAGAGCAGAGACCAUCCCACCCAGCAAGUUUUCAGACCAGCUCUGCAUUUCAUUAAUUUAGAGUUCUCAUUAUGUAUUUUGCUUGAAUUUGAGGCUGAUUUCAAAAUGUUUUAUUUAUUUCAUUCUGGCAAAGUUUAUGCCAUACCAAUAUUAGUAGAAUUAUUUGUUUUGCUCACCUUGUUUCAAAGUAGAUAAUGAUGCUUCAGAACAUGAGAAUCUUUGUGUCCACUGUACUGUGCUUAACCACCCCAUAUGGUUCAGAGUUUGUAAGUGUAGACAUAUUUUCCUUUAAACUAACUGUUUUCUCCAUGUCUGAUGUAUUCUGUAGCUAGCUUGGUGUUUGUGAUUGUCCUUGGAAGGUGUGUGAGUCAACAUCUCAGUGUUGUGUGUUAGUGAGGGUAAGAGAGUCAUUGUGAUAAAUUGUGAUGUGUGUAGCUAGCUUGUAAAUCAGUUCAAAUUAAAGUAUAAUGUAUGCUGUUACAUUAUUUUCAGAUACAUUUUGUAUAGACAACAUAUUUUGAUAUUAAUGUCUGCCAAACUGUGUUAGAGAUUUAAGUUUCUGCUGAAAACACAUAUGCCAUAGGACAAGAAUCUCCUGUGUUGUUCAAUUAUAUAUUUAAGAAUUAUGUUGAUAAGUUUGUAGAUAAAAGAUGUUUAUGGCCAGUAAGUUAUAUCAUUGUCGUAAACGGAUUGUUUUAGAUAAUCACGUUUCACCAGUUGUUAUGUUAUUUUGUAGGAGAGGAAAUAAAGAAUGUUAAAAGAA